UUUUUUUUGUUUGUUUUUUGUUUUACAACUACACUUCAAAGUAGAGGUCAUGCGUUGAACUUUUAGCUGAACCACCGGAGAGAGAGAGAGAAAAAAUGUACACGACGGAGCGCAGGCGAAUGAGCUGGCGCGAGCCGAAGAGGAAGGAUCGCCUCUGCAUGUCGGCUGGAAGUUUGUGGCAGGACUCGGUGGUGUUGGAGCUGAGCGGCGCCUCGGGUAAACAGAACGUUUCCCCGCGGAGUCGAACCAGAGCGGUUUCCGUGGCGUACAUUGUGAACGAGGACGCGUCCGUGCCGCAGACGGAGGAGAACUUGUCCCUCAAGUGUCUGAAGGAAGCCUGCGCGGACGCGCACGCCUGUUUCAAAACCAUUUCGUUUGAUAGAAUAUCAGCGGGGACCACAGACAUUCUGGAUAGCUUCUACAACGCAGAUGUAGCUGUGGUGGAGAUGAGUGACUCUUUAUGCCAGCCCUCCCUCUUCUACCACCUGGGWGUGAGAGAGAGCUUCAGUAUGACCAAUAACAUCAUCCUGUAUUGUUUCAAGCAGGACGGCGAUCUACAGGCUCUCAAGGAGCAGUGUGGGAGCUACACCUUCAUCCCUUACGUGGUGUCGCCUCAGGGCAAAGUGUUAGCCUGCGAUGCUAYGAUGAUGUCUUGUAUCAAAGACCUGAUGCAGCCCAGUAUCCAGCUGGAGCCUAUCCUCACUCCGCUGGUGGAUCGACUGGUGCAUCUGCUAAACAACGUGCACAUUCAGCCCAGCGAGUACUUCCGGGAGUCGGUGAGGCAGGAGAUCAGACUGGCGCGGGAGCGGUUCAGUGGCAAAGCCCUGAGCGAGGAGCUGAGCCGCAUCCAGGAACGCUUGGACAGCGUCGAUCUGCUCACUCCUGAUAUAGUCCUGAACCUGUUGUUGUCCUACAGAGAUGUUCAGGACUAUGAUGCCAUGAUUAAACUGGUGGAAACACUGAAUAAUCUACCCAUGUGUCAGGUGGCAAAGCAUCAGCAUAUCAAGUUUCACUACAUCUUUGCUCUGAACAGGAGGAAUAAACCUGGAGAUCGCGCAAAGGCUUUAACAGAGAUUCUGCCUAUUGUGGAGUCGGGGAAGAAGGUGGCAUCAGACGUCUACUGCCUGUGUGGACGGAUCUACAAGGACAUCUUCAUGAGCUCAUCAUUUACUGACACAAACAGCAGAGACCAGGCCUGCUACUGGUAUGAAAAAGCUUUUGCAGCAGAGCCAACCUUUCACUCUGGUAUCAACAGCGUGGUCCUCCUGAUGGCUGCUGGACAUGAAUUUGAGACUUCUAUUGAGCUGCGCAAAAUAGGUGUGACCAUAAGCACGCUGCUUGGUAGGAAGGGCAGUUUGGAGAAGAUGAAGGACUACUGGGAUGUCGGCUUUUAUCUCGGAGCAAACAUCCUGGCUAAAGAGCACAGGAAAGUCAUUGAAGCGUCAGAGAAGCUCUACAGGCUCAAGGCCCCUGUUUGGUAUUUAGUGUCCAUUAUGGAGACGUACAUCCUGUACCGUCAGUUUUCCAAGCCGCCUGAAGUGAAAUCUCCCAAACAGGAUUUAGUGGACUUCUGGUUGGAGCUGCUUCUGCAGUCCUGCCAACCCACCAUCUCAACAAAAGGCUGCACAGUGCUCAUCCUGGAGCCGAGUAAAGUCCUUCAGCCAGCUGUGGUGAGCGUGAGUGAAGAGGACAUGAGCCGCACUGUCCAGUUAAAACAUGUCACACCUUUAAAGAAAGGCUUACAUCAGUGGACUUUUCCAGCAACUGCAAUUCGUGGAGUGAGUGUGUCAAAGAUUGAUGAGCGGAGUUGCUUCCUGUACGUCCACUACAACUCUGAUGACUUCCAGCUUUGCUUCCCCACAGAGAGUCAUUGUAAAAGUUUCUGCGAGUUGGUGAACUCACUGCUUCACCAGGCUGAAGACUCGACUCUGGACCCACAGCAUCAAACUGAGGAAAUACCCGAGUACAUUUAYGAGACCAAUGAGAAUGGUAAUAAGGUGGUUCUCGGGAAGGGGACAUACGGAGUGGUGUAUGCUGGGAGGGACCUGAGCAACCAGGUUCGCAUCGCCAUCAAGGAGAUCCCUGAGAAGGACAGCACAUACUCCCAGCCCCUCCAUGAGGAAAUAGCUCUGCACAAACGGCUCAAACACAGGAAUAUUGUUCAGUAUCUCGGCUCCGUCAGUCAGGAUGGUUUCAUCAAGAUAUUCAUGGAAGAAGUCCCAGGAGGCAGUUUGUCGUCUCUUCUUCAUGCUAAAUGGGGUCCUCUAAAGGACAACGAACCCACCAUCAUCUUCUACACCAAGCAAAUCCUCGAGGGGCUGAAAUACCUGCACGAUAAUCAGAUCGUCCACAGAGACAUUAAGGGGGACAAUGUUCUGAUUAACACCUACAGCGGCGUGUUGAAGAUCUCAGACUUUGGMACAUCGAAGCGGUUAGCAGGGAUUAACCCGUGCACUGAGACCUUUACUGGGACUCUUCAGUACAUGGCUCCAGAGAUUAUAGACCAAGGACCUCGAGGUUAUGGGAAGCCUGCAGACAUCUGGUCCCUGGGGUGCACCAUUAUAGAAAUGGCAACAGGCAAAACACCCUUUCACGAGCUGGGAAGUCCUCAGGCAGCCAUGUUUAAGGUCGGCAUGUUUAAGAUCCACCCAAAUGUCCCAGAGUGUAUGUCCGACCAGGCCAAGGCUUUCAUCAUGCGGUGUUUCGAGCCAAAUCCAGACCRCAGAGCCACGGCUGCAGAGCUGCUCAUGGACCCCUUCCUCAGGUCGUCCCCCAGGAAGAAGACCAAAGCCCAGCAGGAGUCAGAACUGGACGAUUCAGCUCACGGUUCUGAUUAUCACCGCAGCCUGUCUGUGCCCAUCUCCAUCCUCGUGGAGGACACGGACUCGUACUCUGAUUCAGCUGAUUUGGCUUGUUCUCUGGACCUCAGGAGGCACCAGUCAGUCAUCAGGGCGGAUGAAAUCUCGCAAAGCCCACCCACCGCUAACAGCUACCUGCUAAGACCUGACGACUCUUCUUCAGACAUGUCCAGUCCAGCCUCGACGGAGGAGAAUAUUGGUCUUUUCAUGCUGCGAAAGGAUAGCGAGAGGCGAGCGACGCUCCACAGAAUUCUCACAGAGUACAUCACUCAUGUCAUCUCUAAUAUACAGGAGUCUUUGUCUCAGAACGAUGAGGGCUCAUCACUGAAUGCAGACCACAUCGUCACUCUUAUCACCUGUUUGCGAGACAACAUCCGCUCUCCAGACAGAAAGCGACUGACCAGUGGUCUGCUCAAUCUCCGCUCUACUCUUUUAGCUGCGGCAAUACCUCUGAACAGCCUGCAGGCGGUGCUCUUUAACUUCCAGGAUGCAGUGAAGAAGGUGUUGAAGCAGCAACAGGUGAAGCCUCACUGGAUGUUUGCUCUGGACAAUCUGCUGAGACAGGCAGUUCAGGACGCCAUAACUGUCCUACUUCCAGAGCUGAAAAUUCAUCUGCAGUCGUCAUUUGAAGCUGAAGACGUCAACUCGGACAAGCAGCCCGCCGACCCGGAUUCUCCCAAAGCUUUUGUUCAUGACCAGCUGGUGGCGCCAGCAGACACGCAGCCGGCAGGACUUGUGUACGGGAACAGGUCUACAGCCAGUUUAACCUCCUCUGCUGAUGUCUUCAUCAUCGGCACCUCUCCCAUCAGCGAGAAACUGAGAGACAUGCGGAAAGAAACUACGCGACUGUUGGACCAGCUGAGUGAGAAGGAGCRAGAGUACCAGGAGCUGCUGAGGAAAUCUGUCCAGAGGAAGCAGGAACAGAUCGAUGCACUGAGGAGAACAGCUGCCAGGGAGGAGGCUGAGCUGGCCUUAAAGAAAACCUCCACCGUAGAAAUAAGGAGUUUGAUUCACUGGCUCAAGAGUGUCCCUCUGGAUCAGGACAAUAUUGAUAAGCUGCUCUCUGAUGAGUUCACCUUGGACUGUCUCCUCAACGUGGCCUCCAGGGACGACUUGGUGUACUGUGGGUUAAGAGGCGCCGCUCUGUGUCGACUCUGGGCAGCCAUCACGGCUCACAGGAGAACCCGGCUCAGCACUCACAAGGAGGAAAGCGAGGACACUCACCUCUAAUGGCUGCUGAUGCUGUGCAUCACAGGACAUGUUCCCUGACAGGCUGGUCCUGUCGGAGCCGCAGGAAGCAGAAGAGCU